GCACAGUCGGAGGUGCUGUGGCAGUACAGGUGGCACUUCACGGUGCGCGCGUGUGUGUACCUCUCAUUCCUGUGUGUGAGGUCGAGCCUGGUCACUGUUGUCUUAUAUGUGUUUUAACAGCCAGCGACCUCAAGCAUUGUUUACCAAGUCUCCGUUUCUACAUCAAGGGAGACUCGAGUUACUACCUCAUGACGUGUUCUCAACCCAGCUGCCGUCUUGAAGAAAAGUAUAUACUGUACUGUAUCGUGGAAAGACACCUUAAAUUUUCGUGAAUUUUCAAGAACGGAAGACUCAACAGAAGUGAUAACUCGGUGAAGUUAUAAGAAAGAGAUUAUAUGAAAAAGGAGAGAGUGAACGGUACAGGAGACAGAAGGAAAGGAGGGGUCGUGUUGCAUGUUCAAGGGUGUGCAGUGAGUCUCGUGUGCGGGUGCCUGAUGGAGGGCAGGACGAGGAGGACCUCCAGGUCAGCCAUGAAAGGAAGCAGCGGGAGUAGCAGAAAGAGCAGCGGUAGCAGAAGCAGGGACUUCCUCUCUGCUGUGCCCUCGGCAACAGAGAUAGAGUCAGGGGAGCUACCGGGGUCAGGCACGUCGAAGAACGCCCUGAGGGAGAGAACCCGCGUUGAGAGUCUCCGGAGAGCCUACCUGGAGCUGCAGGCCGCCAUCCCCUCCGUUCCCCCCAACACGAAGCUCUCCAAGUUGGACGUGCUGGUGCUGGCCACCACCUACAUCUCCCACCUGUCGCAGCUGCUGGAGGAAGAUGACGCCCGCGCCACCCACGACACCAACAACAACACUACCAACACUACAACCAAGCCUCUACCACAAAGUCACCAUGCCCCCACCGGUACCACCACGCUGGAAGGAGGCGCCCGUAGGAUCACGCAGAAGGGCCUCCUCCACCCAGUUAAGAAAUGGCCGAUGCGCGCCCGUCUGUACGCGGGUGUGGGAGCGACGGAGGCGGCAACCUUCCUGUCAGAGCAGCCCCUCACCACCACAACCACCACCACACGACAAUACCGCACCAACAAGAUAAUGGGUCCUGCGGUCACCACGCUACACUCACGCGGGCCCUCCCUCCACCAGGUCCCGCCCCAGCCUACCCUUCCCACACCCGUCCACCACAAGUCGCAAAAUCCGGCGGUAGUAGAUUACACAUCCGCCAGCAUGACGUCUUCGGGAGUCUUCGUGGACGAAUUUGGCGGCCUGGGGGAUAAAUCCUACGGUUACCCCAACAUGUGUGAGGUCCCCCAGUGUCCACCAGGCCCUCCCCCACCGCCAUAUCCCGCCCCUUACAUGGACGAGUGGGAGGGUGAGGGCUUGUGGGGACCCAGCCUACCAUACAAUGACCCCACCUCCUGCCACUCCCCCUGUAGGGUGACCCAGCCCUACACGGCUUACACGGCACGCUGGGCAGCCUGGCACGACUAGGAUAUCACCUGUGUCUGACAUGAACCUGAAAAAUGACGUAUCAAAAUUGAAAUUGCCACAGUUGAUUAAUCCAGAAUAAUACACAAACAAAGUGAACAACAAUACUGAGAGCCUUUCGAGUGUUGCAGCUCUCUUGACGGCACCUGAUCACCUGAUAUAUACUGAACAUUUAUCUGAAGAAGCAAUAUUAAAUAACACAUACUAAGUACCAUCUGAAUAAAAUACAUAUCUAUUUUACAUUUAUAAUAAUCAACAAUUUAUUAAUUAUGUCACUCUUCAACUUUUUUGUUUGCUUAUUGUUAACAUUAAUGUUUUAAUAUACUGAAGGGGACCCCGUGUUGCUGUGUUGCCCCAGAGCCCCACUAGAUCAGCCUCUGUACACUUUACUAGACUGAAAGUUUAUUAAUCCUGUAUUCUUCACCGAACUACAUAUUGUACACUAAAAUUAAUAUAUUU